GUCGUAGGUCUCACGGGAGGCAUCGCGACCGGCAAGUCCACCGUCUCCGCGCUGCUCGCCGCGCGCGCCAUCCCCGUCGUCGACGCGGACGUCAUCGCGCGCGAGGUCGUGCGCCCGGGCACGCGCGUGUACGCCCAGAUCGUCGCCGCGUUCGGGCGCGAGAUCCUGCAGCCCGACGGGUACCUCGACCGCUCGAAGCUCGGCGCGCUCGUGUUCGCGGACGAGGCGCGCCGGCGCACGCUCAACGCCAUCGUGCACCCCGCCGUGCGCCGCGCGAUGGCCUGGCAGGUCGCAAAGUGCUGGCUGCGCGGCGAGCGCGUGUGCGUCCUCGACGUCCCGCUCCUGAUCGAGUCCGGGAUCUGGCUCUGGGUGGGCAAAGUCGUCGUCGUGUACUGCUCUACAGAGAUCCAGCUCCAGCGCCUCAUGCAGCGCGACGGCUCCACGCGCGAGGCCGCCUCGGCGCGGCUCGGCGCGCAGCUGCCCAUCGCCGACAAGCUCGCGUACGCCGACCACGUGCUGGACAACUCUGGCGGGCCGCGCGAGCUCGAGCAGCAGGUCGACGGGUUUGUGCGGCGCCUGCAGCGCGACGUCGGCUGGGCGUGGCGCGUGAACUGGCUCGUUCCGCCGCUCGGGCUGCUGGCUGGGCUCUCGGUGCUGCUGUGGAGGCGCGUGCGGCGCGCGAGGAAGCCGGGGCGGAGACGCGCGGCGUCGUGA